AUGAAGAUCUCUACUCUCCUCCUGGCCAAUCCGGCCUUUAUAACAGCAACGGUCUUCGCCGCCACCCUCCGCCCGGUCCCAGACUUCGGUGACAACCCCGGAAACAAUCAAAUGUUGAUAUAUGUUCCUGACCAGCUGGCACCAAAUCCAGCUGUUAUCGUUGCUCUCCACGGCUGCCUCGAACCCGCCCUAACAUACUACCUUGAAGUUAAAGACCUCCCCCCGGCAUCCGACAAACAUGGCUUCAUCAUCAUAUACCCCGAUACCCAGAAAGACUCUCACUGCUGGGACGUCGCAACGAACAAAUCACUCACGCAUAACAAGGGAAGUGACUCGUUGUCUAUUGUGAGUAUGGUGAAAUAUGCAAUUGCCAAGUAUAACGCGGAUCCGUCAAAAGUGUUUGCAAUAGGUUCCUCCUCUGGAGCAAUGAUGUCGCAGGUUCUGGCGGCUGCUUAUCCGGAUGUUUUUUCCGCUGUUUCAGCGUAUAGCGGACUCCCCUAUGGGUGUUUACGAGGGAGCCCCGGGUCGUCGCCAUUUACGUCUGAUCCGGCCUGCUCAAAAGGGGAGGUUAGGAAGAGCGGUGUGGAGUGGGCUACUGAAGUUAGAAGCGCGUGGCCGGGGUAUAAUGGGAGUUAUCCGCCUGUGCAGAUCUGGCAUGGCACUGCUGACCAGGUUCUUGACCCCCAGAACUUGCAGGAGGAGAUUAAGCAGUGGACGACUGUUUUUGAGGUUCAAUUAACUCAAAAACGGAAGGAUGAUCCGUCGGAUGGGUAUACGCGGUCUAUUUACGGUGACGGAACCCAGUUUGAGUCGUAUUUGGCUGAAGGGGUGGGGCAUGUUGUGCCGACACAGGUGCAGGAGACGUUGAGGUGGUUUGGACUGUUUUGA